CUUCCUCCCGGUUGGUAAGAGACAGUUUUCAGAGUGAGAGAAUCUCAGCUGAUCUCUCUAACAGCUGCUACAUCUAACUAUGCUAACAGCUUGCUAACUAUGCUAACAGUAUGCUAACUAUGCUAACCAAAACAAAUACUUGAGGUAGGAGAUGAGACUGGUCGAAUGUACUUACGGACCUGGACCCUAACCUGGACCUGGACCUGGACCCAGCUGUGUGUCCAUGAAGACGGACCGGUGCUAUGGAUCAUCCUGUUACCUUUAAAGCUGGACUUCCUGCAGAUGAAGGAGUUCUGCAGGAGUUCUCAGAAGUUCCCAGUGAUCAGUCCGCCCCGAAGCAUCACACAGACCUGGACUCCAUAUUUAUGGUGUGUACAAAUAUACAUUUACUGUGAACUACAGAUGAUGCUGCUGGAGGACCACAUCGUCACUUUUGUGAAGAACGAGCUGAAGAAGAUCCAGAAGGCUCUGAGUUCAGAUUACCCAGAAGGCUUAGAGACUCAGAGUGAGGAUGAGGAGGUGUUGGAGGCUGAGGAUGAAGAGCAGAGGAAGAGCAGAGAGGCAUUUCUGAACAUCACACUGCACUUCCUGAGGAGCAUGAAGCAGGAGGAGCUGGCUGAGCGUCUGCAGAGCAAAACCUUUGCUGCAGAGUGUCAGCGUAAACUCAAAUCCACCCUGAAGGAGAGGUUCCAGUGUGUGUUUGAGGGCAUCGCUAAAGCAGGAAACCAAACCCUUCUGAACCAGAUCUACACAGAGCUCUACAUCACAGAGGGGGGGUCUGCAGAGGUCAACAAGGAACAUGAGGUCAGACAGAUUGAAACAGCAUCCAGGAAACCAGACGGACCAGAAACAACCAUCAGACAAGAAGACCUCUUUAAAGCCUCACCUGGAAGAGAUGCACCAAUCAGGGCAGUGCUGACAAAGGGCGUGGCUGGCAUUGGGAAAACAGUCUUAACACAGAAGUUCACUCUGGACUGGGCUGAAGGCAAAGCCAACCAGGACAUCCAGUUCAUAUUUCCAUUCACCUUCAGAGAGCUGAACGUGGUGAGAGAGAACAAGUACAGCUUGGUGGAACUUGUUCAUCACUUCUUCCCUGAAACCAGAGACGCAGGAAUCUGCAGGUUCGAUCAGUUCCCGGUCGUGUUCAUCUUUGACGGUCUGGAUGAGUGUCGACUUCCUCUGGACUUCCUCAACACUCAGAUCCUGACUGAUGUCACAGAGUCCACCUCAGUGGAUGUGCUGCUGACAAACCUCAUCAGGGGGAAGCUGCUUCCCUCUGCUCGCCUCUGGAUAACCACACGACCUGCAGCAGCCAAUCAGAUCCCUCCUGAGUGUGUGGACAUGGUGACAGAGGUCCGAGGGUUCACUGACCCACAGAAGGAGGUUUACUUCAGGAAGAGAUUCAGAGAUCAGAAGCAGGCCGGCACCAUCAUCUCCCACAUCAAGAGCUCACGAAGCCUCCACAUCAUGUGCCACAUCCCAGUCUUCUGCUGGAUCUCUGCUUCAGUUCUGGAGGACAUGUUGAAAACCAGAGGGAGAGGAGAGCUGCCCAAGACCCUGACUGAGAUGUACAUCCACUUCCUGGUGGUCCAGUCCAAAGUCAAGAACGUCAAGUAUCAUGGAAAAAGUGAGAGACAUUCCCACUGGAGUCCAGAGAGCAGGAAGAUGAUGGAGUCUCUGGGGAAACUGGCUUUUGAGCAGCUGCAGAAAGGCAACCUGAUCUUCUAUGAUCACGACCUGACAGAGUGUGGCAUCGAUAUCAGAGCAGCCUCAGUGUACUCAGGAGUGUUCACACAGGUCUUUAGAGAGGAGAGAGGACUGUACCAGGACAAGGUGUUCUGCUUCGUCCAUCUGAGCGUUCAGGAGUUUCUGGCUGCUCUUCAUGUUCAUCUGACCUUCAUCACCUCUGGAGUCAACCUGCUGAAAGAAGAACCAUCAACCCUCCAACAUUCUGGUGUGAAACCUAAACUAACAAAUCUCUACCAGAAUGCUGUGAACAAGGCCUUACAGAGUCCAAACGGACACCUGGACUUGUUCCUCCGCUUCCUCCUGGGUCUUUCACUGCAGACCAAUCAGAAACUCCUACGAGGCCUGCUGACAUGGACAAGAAAUGGCUUGAAUACCAUUCAGAAACUCCUAAGAGGCCUGGUGACACAGACAGGAAGUAGCUCAGAGAUCACACAGAAAACAGUCCAGUACAUAAAGAAGAAUAUGGACAAGGAUCUCUCUGCAGAGCAAAGCAUCAACCUGUUCCACUGUCUGAAUGAACUGAAUGAUCGUUCUCUAGUGAAGCAGAUCCAACAGUACCUGAGCUCAGGAAGUCUCUCCACAGAUAAUCUGUCUCCUGCUCAGUGGUCAGCUCUGGUCUUCAUCUUACUGACAUCAGGAGAAGAUCUGGACGUGUUUGACCUGAAGAAAUACUCUGCUUCAGAGGAGGCUCUUCUGAGGCUGCUGCCAGUGGUCAAAGCCUCCAGGAAAGCUCUACUGAGUGGCUGCAAGCUGUCAGAGAGAAGCUGUGCAGCUCUGUCCUCAGUCCUCAGCUCCCAGUCCUCUAGUCUGAGAGAGCUGGACCUGAGUAACAACGACCUGCAGGAUUCAGGAGUGAAGCUGCUGUCUGCUGGACUGGAGAGUCCACACUGUGAACUGGAGACUCUCAGUCUGUCAGGCUGUCUGGUCACAGGGGAAGGCUGUGUUUCUCUGGCUUCAGCUCUGAGCUCCAACCCCUCCCAUCUCAGAGAGCUGGACCUGAGAUACAAUCAUCCAGGAGACUCAGGAGAGAAGCUGCUGUCUGCUGGACGUGAGGAUCCACUCUGGAGACUGGAGACACUCAGGAUGGACCAUGGUGGACUGCAGUGGUUGAAACCUGGUCUGAGGAAGUACGCCUGUGAACUGGAGCUGGACACAAACACAGUUAACAGAUACCUCAAACUGUCUGAAGACAACAGGACGGUGACACAUGUGGAGAAGGAGCAGCCAUAUCCUGAUCAUCCAGAGAGGUUUAGGUACUGGCUUCAGCUGAUGUGUAGAGAAGCUCUGACUGGUCGCUGCUACUGGGAGGUCGAGUGGAGCGGAGAUGUUUUUAUAGCAGUGGCUUACAGAGGAAUCAGCAGGUGGGGGGGCAGAGAUAAGGUUAAGUUUGGAAGGAAUGAUCAGUCCUGGAGGCUUCAGAGGCAUGAUGGUUAUUACUUUGUCAUGCACAAUAAGAAAAUAACAGACCUCCCUUCCUCCUCCCCCUCUGGUAGAGUAGCAGUGUAUCUGGAUCAUCCUGCUGGCUCUCUCUCCUUCUACAGAGUCUCCUCUGACACACUGAUCCACCUCCACACCUUCAGAACCACAUUCACUGAACCUCUCUAUGCUGGGUUGACAGUCUGGUCUGAUUCCUCAGCGUCUCUGCGUCCUCUGCCGGUCUGAGAGUCUCUCCUGUUCAGUUCAGUCAUGGCUUAAAUGUAGUUGAGUCGUUUCUAUCAUGGUAACUGCUGCCAUCAGAGCGUACCUCAGCGCUGCCUGCCACAAGCAGCCAUAAACACACUAACAGAAAGCAAUGAUCCGUGUUGUGUCAAAUUAUCAUAUAAUCAUUUAUAUAUAAACAUAUAUUGUGUCUUGUACUCUGAUUGCCUAUUACUCUGUGAAAUUGUAUUUUUAUAGUUAUUCGUGUUUAACAGAGACAUAUGUUUAGGAUUGAGAUUCCAGAAGGGUAAAGGAGGAUUUGUAAAUGGAUAAGGACUGGGGUUUAUGGUGGGGAUGUUUAGAUGAGGUCUGAGACCUAGGGCCAGUAGACUGUUCCCUUUCUUCCACAUGGUGGGACGUUCGCUGUUCCUGGACCUCUUUAUCCUCUGAGGAAGAAGUGGCUCUGUUCCUAACAUUUGAGAUGGAUCUCAAUUGUAUUUGGACUUUUUUCAUUAUUUUAUUAAAUAUAACAAAAUACA